GUAGUGGGAUUAUUUUUAAUUGGAAAACCAUACGUUACGUAGUUUAUUGAAGUUUUAACCUCGAUUAAUAAUUAUAAAUAGGAAUUUGGCACGAGUUAUGUAAAUACUACGAGGAUGGUCCCAAAAGUACCUCGCCCAACAAAGAAAACACAAAAAUUUUGGGAAAAAAAGUUCGAUAACCAUUUUUUCCAGUCUGGGAACAUAAAAUAAUCCGAGAGUGCUAAAUCUACAUGCAUGAGGUAGCAAUUCAAACUUUAAUUCGUUAAUUUUGACCAUUGCAUAACAAAUAUGUGAGCUGGUGCAUUGUCUUGAUGAAGCAACUAUUUCUUCUUAACCAAAUGCUUGAUUUCUUCGCUCAAACGUUGCAAUAGGUUCUCAAAAUACUCCCCAUCGAUAGUUUUUUCUUUUCCAAGAUAGUAAAUGAAAAUUAUCCAACGCGCAUCCCAAAAAACCGACGCCUGCAGACUUGAACGGUCUUUGCCCUCUUCGGAGCCGUUUCCCCCUUUCAAUUCCAUCGUUUUGAUUGUUCUUUCGUUUCGGGUAUGACGUGAUUGACCCACGUUUCAUCAAUGGUCAUGAAACGACGCAAAAAUUCGACUCUAUUUUUAUUAAUCAUCCAGUACCGCUUUGUGGAUUCAACAUUUCUGGAGCCGUCCCCUCCUUUAUGCGCUGCUGAUCUUCACAGGACGUCCAGUCUCGUUUAAACUGUACUACCCGAUAUUUUACUAUUGAUAACGAAAGAACAGUCUCACCCAGAGUAAAAUUUAGUUCAGCUUUUAGAUUGGUUAGGCUAAGGCCUUGGGGUACUUCUGGGACCAUCCCAGUAUGCUCAAAUUCGUCAAUUGAAACGUAAUAGGUAGCAAAAUAAGGCAUUUUUUAUACCCAAUUGAUUAGAAUUCAUAUUAAAGUGCGAACCAGAUCAUACCUAACCUACAAAGGAGUAUGAAGAAUAGAAAUUAUUGUUUGAAUGUCCAUUGUUGUUGAUAAGUAUACAAAUCUUGUUAAAAUAAUGAAUUAGCUACCUACAGGUUGAAUUUUAUUGGAUUAUGUGAAGGAACUUGGUUAAAAAACACCGAAGACUGUCGAAGAAAGGUAUACAAGACGCAUCGAAACCCUUAUAAGACAUUCGAAAAGGUUGGAAGAAAUAAAAAUAAUCAUCUGAUGGUACUAUAAACAUUUAAUUACGUGGACAACGACGUCUCUAGUAUUUUUUCACUUAUACUGCAUCUGGAGGUGUGUUUGCACUCGAGGAAACUGAAGCAGCAAGACCGUGAUAGAGGUCAAAUACUUUGGAAAGUUGUUCGACGAGGCAGCUCAUAAUACACACGUACAGUAGGUCCAAAGCAGUCGCCAUUUCGAAUUUUCCUUUACAUAGAAUCAGUCAAGGGAUGAAACCAGACUUGCACCUGCGGAAACGCAGGCACUACAACUGGUCACACGUACAAGAAGGCUGAAGCAUUAGCAAUGACGCGGACAAGAUCUAUUGUAGGAAAAAGGAAACUUCUAAACGUACAAACGCGAUAUUGGUGCUGGCAAACAUGAUGCCAAUUAAUCUUCAAGUUGCAGAGGUACACGGUAAAGACAAAGCAUCAAAGAGGAUAGAGACGGAGAGAGGAAUCAAUGAGAUUCUUGCAAUAAAUAUGGAGAGAUGGGAGAAUGUACAAGGUUUGUACCCCUAAUAUUGCACCCUGGGUGAAGAGAGGGCACGGUAUUAUGUAUAAACCCCAAUAACCUGGCGAUACAAAUGCUAAAAUUAUCGUGGAUGGCCUCUACCGAAGAGAGAUACACUCGAGGCGAUUUUGGGGAAAAAAUAAUGUCAGGGUAAAGCGAAGAAAAGAAGGAGAGACGGUGGGCUACACCUACUGGUAGUACCCAAAGGCAAUGGGGCGUUUUUAGUCGGAGUAGUAUCCAUUUAAUUAGAAGACAGACAACAGACAACAACAGGCAGAUAUUAACAAAUAAAAAAUAGUUAAAAACAGAAGGGGAUUUCAUCGAUCGUUUUACCAAAGCUGCUGAAACACCGAUCGCCUUUCGAGCUACCGUGAUCUAUAUGAUGAUGAAAAGCAAUUGACACUGUUGGUCACAUAAGAAGCAAUCAGUUUCCCUUCCACUAAAAACUGAAUUUAGUUCGUUUUGUCAAGAAUAUUGUUCGUCAUAUUUUCUUAAAAAAGCAGAUUGUGACACCGAAAUAUUAGAAGCGUUAAUAAAAUGUGUUUCAUAAGUUAAGUUUGUUGAAGGGACCUACAAGUGAUUAUCUACCAUACUGGGAAAUAAUAAAAAGAAUCCAACGCCAAUGAGCAAGCAAUUUUUGCCGAAUAUUAUACGUCUAUCUGAGAUAUUGGGAUAUGAAAAUAGAUGUAACGAUGUUGUGUACUGCAGACCAUCGAUUAUUUUGGAAAAACCUAGUUUAUGCGUGUUUUUCGGUGGAGAUAUUCAGGAUUUUACAGAAAAUAUGCUUAGCCACAGAGACAACAAAAACUAUGUAGAGUGGAAUUUGGAAAAUACCUCGAAGCUAUUGCAGAGCAGUUUUGCUGACAGUCACAUCAUUGUAAUACGUCCUGCCAGAAUGGAAUAUAAAAGCUUCAGUUGCUACGAAAAUUUUUUACCUUGUUCAAAAUGUGGUGUUCCAAAUCAUACAUUCAUCCAUCAUGGUUUAGAACAUUUAGAAUUAAUCAUACAAAACGUAUCGAGAGCAUUGCGAACAAUGAGUAACGAAGAUUUCAAUAAUGCAGUUGAGGUUUCUACAAAUGGACUCGUGUUAGAUUCGGAGGAAGAAGUUGAAGUUCCAAAAAACAUCCCCUUCAGAGAUACUUUAAAUUUUGACGAUUGCGAUGUUACGUUGAUAGGAUUUAGUAAAGGAUGCACCGUUUUGAAUCAAUUUCUCUAUGAAUUCCACCAUUAUAAAUCUGAUGAUAAAAACGAACCAAAUAUAUUGAAAAGAAUCAAAACCAUGUAUUGGUUAGACGGUGGACAUUCGGGUGGAAAAAAUACUUGGAUAACUUCCCUACCUUUACUAAAAACAUUCUCCACAAUGGGUAUAAGCAUCUACGUUCACGUAUCUCCUUAUCAAGUGGCGGAUAUUCGUCGACCGUGGAUUAAAUAUGAGGAAAAACAUUUUACAGACGCACUGAAAAAAUUUGGUGCAAAUAUAAAUAGAACAAUUCAUUUUGUUGAUGUUCCUUCGAGUGUACAGACUCACUUUAAUGUCCUAAAAGUAUUUAGAGAAAUUAAUAAGGAUACUUGAAUUACAUAUUUUUCUGUUCACUAAUAUUUGAGUUACUUUUGAUAGUUUUGAUACUCUGUACCAUACUCUGUGCAUUUAAUUUGUUCUUUGAUGUUUUUUAUUUUUGUAACUUGAUGCAAAUAAAUAUUAUUGUUAUUCUGAU